AUGGCGGGCCGGCGCGGCGCGCUGAUCGUGCUGGAGGGGGUGGACCGCGCGGGCAAGAGCACGCAGAGCCGCAGGCUGGUGGCCGCGCUGUGCGCCGCCGGCCACCGCGCCGAGCUGCUCCGCUUCCCGGAAAGAUCGACGGAAAUCGGCAAACUCCUGAGCUCCUACCUGGAGAAGAAGAGCGACGUGGAGGACCACUCGGUGCACCUGCUGUUCUCCGCCAACCGCUGGGAGCAAGUGCCCUUCAUUAAAGAGAAGCUGAGCCAGGGCGUCACCCUUGUCGUGGACAGAUACGCGUUUUCUGGCGUUGCCUUCACCAGCGCCAAGGAGGACUUCUCCCUGGACUGGUGCAAGCAGCCAGACGUGGGCCUCCCCAAGCCCGACCUGGUGGUCUUCCUGCGGCUGGGGCUGGCGGCGGCGGCGGAGCGCGGGGACUUCGGGCGCGAGCGCUACGAGAGCCGGCCCUUCCAGGAGCGGGCGCUGCAGCGCUUCCAGCAGCUCAUGGGGGACAGCACCCUGAACUGGCAGACGGUCGACGCCGCCAGGAGCAUCGAGGAGGUCCACCAGGAGAUCCGCCGGCUUUCCGAGGACACCAUCCAGGCCGCGGCGCAGAGGCCGCUGGGGGAGCUGUGGCGGUAGAGCAGCUGCAGGCCCGCCCCAGUCCAGUGGGACAGGUGGCCCACAACCGCCGCCUCCGACCUGGUACCCGUGCCCAAGCCGUUUCUCUGAGACCCGGCCAGGCACGCGUAAAUAAACCCCACCUGAGCACCCAGGGAGACCUGGCUUUCUGAGGUGGCCACCGGCCGGCCAUGCCCAAGGUGGGGAGGGGGGCCUGAGCUGGGCUCACAGGACCUCACGCGUCCUGGCAGUCCCUCUGGGCCCAGCCAAGCAGCGUGCGGGAGUGGGCCGUGGGUGUGGUCAGCAGGGCCUAGCAGAGUCCAGCACGGCACAGCCAAGGGUGGCAGGAGGGGCAAGGUCAGCCCUGGGGCAUCAGCUGGCUGUGUCCAGAGGGGCUGUGGGGGGCUGCUGGCAACAUGGCCAGUGCCCUGGACUGCACCCACUGGGGCCAGAACAGGAAGGCCGGUGUGGUAUCCAGGCCACAUCCCACCAUUGCCUGCCCUGUCCCCCAUGACCAAGGCACAAACCACCCAGUGGAACUCCUGAAGCCAGCUGGGCAAGCUGUGCCUGCACACCCCACAUGGGGGGCGGGGGGAUGGCACAUACCACCCCAGGGCUGGGCUGUGGGGUCAGAGGUGGGAGACCAGAGUGGAGUGGGGGUUCCCAGAACUGGAUGGGGACAGAAGUAGGCCCAGGCUUGAGCACCAGAGUGAGGCUGGCCAGGCCCCACCCUCCUCCAAGGAGAAGCCUAGGCUGAGAAGUGGCACCCAGGGCACCCUGAGUGGGGGCCACCUCCCCGUGCCAGCAGCAGCCCUCACCUUCAGUCAUGCUAAAGAGGGUACCCCGGAAAUGGAGGCCCAUAUGCUGGGGACCCCCCAGUGCAUCAGCUGCCCUCCUAUUGCAGGAGUCCCACCUGUCCCCCGAGGACACAGGCCUGCCUGAUACAGAGGCCAGGAGGUGUCCGGACAGCAGGGCCUUACCCACUAACGCCAACCACGACUCCCCGGGCGCCAGGGAAAGCAACACGCCGGGCCUGGCUUUCUAUUGAAACUUAUUUGCCAUCGAGAACUGCGAGCUACACUACUGAGAAGGGGUGAGGCCUCUUCGGUCGCAUUUUCCAAACGCCAGGACAAAGUUCCCUUCGGCCAGGGCACCAGCCCGGGGUCCUGGCAGCGACACCCUCCACCCCACCCACCCCUCCCCAAGGGAGGAGGAAAGAGAAGAGCAAAUAACUUAGUCGGCCACACUGGGGCCAAGUCUCCUGCCGCCUCCACAGCCACACGGGGGGGCCCCUGGCUGGACACCGUGGGAGGGAGGGCCUCCCCGCUACUUAGCCCCCUAAACUCCCCGGCUUUUCCAGAGCCGACAGCACAAGACCAGGGCGGAGGAGAAUGGCUGUCUCAGCUGCGCAGGAGGGCCCACUCUCUGGCCCGAGCCCCCGCGGCGGGGGUGGCUCCAAGGGGG